CGAUUGGCCUUUUGCGUGCGGAUCCCUUUCGUGCUACUUUACUUUCCUGCUGACUCCUCCCGAAUCCGGAUUUCCCAAUUUUAUUGAAUACCAAAAGCUCGCAGGGAAGCCCUCUAUCAACUGGAUCAACUUCGCGAGAUCUUCAGCUCGCGCAGGGAAGCCCUUUAUAGACUUCGCGAGAUCUUCUAAUGGUUACUCCACUUUGAAACAGGUACUUCUUGUUAGGUUGUUUUUUGGGCCUAUUCUCAUAAAUUCGACGAAUUGAGAUUAUCUGGAGGGGGUUUCGGAAAAUUUUCCUGGAUUUAAGAUUGAGGAAAUUGUGCUUUCUCCUGCUCAUUUUUUUUGUUUGACGAAUUCCGAAUUCUGACAACAUCAGUCGUUGAAGAAUCUCAUCGGGUUUUUCUUUUCUCUGUAAUGGCCAAAUUUUAAGAGGAAGGUUUUCGUUUGGCAAACAAGGGCUACAUUGCUCACAACUUUCAGGGGAAUAAUGUUUUACGGUGCCGUGGUCUGGGAUCCAUGGCUUAUUGUUUCCCAGAUAGUGUGCCUCCAGUGCUUAUACUACCUAACGCUUGGAAUUCUUUUGUCUAUUCUUGUUGGAGCCCGCGUUUCUCGAAUGAGCCUCGUGUAUUUCUUCGACUUUUCUACCCUAACCGCUUCCACAGUAACUGGUUGGCUUGCGAUUGCUGGGUUUCUCCUAAGUUCAGUAGCCGGGGCAGGGUACAUUCUUUUCCUGAUUGAGAGAGCAAAGAAGUGUUUAGACUUCUCAGCCACUCUCUACAUUAUCCAUCUUUUUGUGUGUAUCAUGUAUGGAGGAUGGCCAUCAUCUUUGACAUGGUGGAUUGUGAACCUCACGGGUUUAGUAUUGAUGGCACUGCUUGGUGAGUGGCUGUGCAUUAGGCGUGAAUUGCGAGAAAUUCCAAUUACAAGACUCCGUUCAAAUGUUUAAUGAUGGUGAUUGGAAGGCGACAGACCUUCAGCAACUUAUAUCACUUUACAACAGAUAUGGAGAAGUUCUCCAAGAUCAAGAAUGGUACGAAUUCUUAAGCAAGCAUAUUGCAGUGAGGACUCCUGCUUGUAUGUUAUUGCUUUUAGUCUGAUUUUUCCUCCAGUGAGGACUCCUGCGUGUAUGUUAUUACUUUUUGUCUGAUUUUUCCUCUCAUCAUGGUGCUUUUAGAGGAUUUUGCGGGAAUGAUUUGGCUUAGCCUAACAUUAUAGAUGAUCACUUGUAUGCAAUCCUGUUUUCAAUUCAUUAUUUUUAAUGAUGCAUGAUAUUCAAACUUUUUAUAAGAAAUUCCCCGAAGUAUUCUAAAUCUUUGGUUUA